AUGGCUACCAAUACCAACGGCAACUUCGGACAGUCAGGAGACGAGACACUCAGCAUCGAGGAGCUGCUUGGCAGUAGUUGGCCGACAGUGCUCAAGUCUUGCGUCGAACGCAACUGUGACGGUAACUUUCGCCCCUUUCAUAACGCCCUCUCCAAUGAUUCUGGCAAUAACUUGCAGGCCAAUACCCAGGCAUUGUUCCAGGCACUGCGAGACCAGCUGAACGCUGCUCGUGGACGUAUCGAUGGCUUCGAGCAGAAUAUUGGCAUCCUCACGCAGGCCUUCAAUCAGGGCAUCAAGGGCAUGAGCAACAACCCACAGAGGGAACCCUCGUCGUUGGUAUCUGACCCAGCGCUCUUCGACAGAGAGGAGAAAGACGACAAGAAGCGCCGUCGACAGUUCAGGGCAUGGUUGAGCAGCGCGCGCAUGAAGAUCAACGUCGAGACAAGGAAAUACAACACCGAAUACAACAAGAUCCUGUACGCAGUCUCUCGCCUCGACGGCACCGCGAGGGUGACCACUGAUGGGUACCUGGCAAAGAUCUACAGCAACCCUGACAACCCAACGAUGUGGGAGUGGCAGGAUGUUGACACCUUCUUCGACUGGCUGGAGCGGGCAUACGACUCGCACAACCGAUCGGGUGACGCCAGCAGGGAGAUGGAUGACUUGAAGCAGAAAAACACUGCGUUCAACCUAUUCCUUUCUGAGUUCCUGGCACUCGCCAGUGACUUGGGUCUUGACGAUAAGGUGAAGAUCGAGAAGCUGAAGAAAAAGGUGAACAACGAGCUACAAUCGGCGGUGAUCAGCGUGUUUUCCAAGCCCCAGAACGAAGACUUCGACGGUUGGGUGGAAUGCUACCAAUCACUGACCGAGAACAUUGCCGACUACGCGCACCACACUGGCAACAAGAACCCCUUCGCGAACAACAAUCCGUUCAAUAAUAACAGCAAUAAGAACAACAACAAGGACAGCAAUAACAAGAACAACCAGACGCCUCAGCACCCACCCCAAGCACUGCGACGCUUGUCAACCACAGAGAGGCAGAAACGGAUUGAGAAGGGUCUGUGCCUGUACUGCGGAGGAGAGGGACACAUGAAUCGAGACUGCCCUGAGGCCCCCCAGCUCCUGCAAUCAGCCACUCCCGCGAGAGGCGGCGGAUUCAACCUGACGAGACCCGGAUCCGCGCCGCCUGGCGGGAACCUCCAGGGAGGCGGCAGCAACAACACCAACCCUUUUCGACAGGGCCACACGUCGGACCUUCGGAUCAGAGCCAUCGGCUGGAGAGGGAACGCGGAUGACUGGCCAGGGAGCACCGCGAGCACCCCCGGAUACAACAACGGAUACGGUCAGCAGUACGGCCACAAGGGCAAUAGCGAUCAACCCUCGAGAGAGUCAAAAGAUAUGGAUGUGCUGUACCUCAAAUCGGCGAACACGGGCGGGAAUUCUCUCCUGCUGUGUGCGACCGUCUGUCAAGGCGGCCGCGGCAAGCGGAGGAACAACGUCACCGAAUUCGUCGCCGUAACGAUGGAGGUGGAUGGCCACCUGGAAACCCUGCUGUGCUUCUUGACGGAACUGGGCAACGAGAAUCCUCUGAUCCUGGGCUUUCCAUGGCUCCAGACGCACAAUCCUUCUAUUGACUGGCAGACAUGCGUAAUAACCUUCUGUUCUGACUUCUGCAGGAACAAUUACUUCCACGUCCGACCUGUUCAGGUCAGAGGCGGUAAGAAAGCACCAAACCCAAACCAGCACAGGAAAAAGGUCCAGUUCGCUGAAACUGAACCCCUCCGCGACUGUUCACCUGACGACCUCAAGAUCUCUUCAGUAGUCUCUUUCGCAUGGUUUUGCCGUCAGAAGGGUGUCACGAUAUCCCGGAUCACGGUCGAGCAACUCGAGCAAGCCAGCCUCCCAGAACUCAAGCCCCUAGAACUCUCCGAACACGACAUCCAACAGAUCCUGACUACGGAAGGGUCGGCAAAAGAACACAAAGCGAAGCUGGACACUCGGUACCACACGUUUGUGGACGACAUGUUCAACAAACACUUCCUGAACCGGGUCACGGACAAGGAUAUCGAGAAAUACCUCAAGGACAAGGAGCCUGCCACGGUCAACGACAUCAAGAAGAAGCUGCCACCUGAAUACCAUGAUCUUAUCGACGUUUUCCUGCCUUCCGGAGCAACCACUCUGCCCGAACACCGCUCGUACGACCAUCAUAUUGAUAUCGAACCCGGCAAGUCCAUACCCAACCUGAAAACGCGUCCCAUGUCCCAAUCCGAGCUCCGAGUCGUGAAGAAAUACCUAGAUGACAACAUGCAAAAGAAGUUCAUCCGGCCUUCGGAGUUGAGAUCAGCAGCACCGCUUCUGCUGGCACGGAAGCCAGGUGGCGGCGUACGAGUCUGCGUCGACUAUCGCGGCCUCAACGACAUUACGAUCAAGAACAGGUACCCACUUCCACUCAUCCGCGAGACGCUCGACGCAUUGUCAACGUCCAAUAUCUUCUCGAAACUGGACGUCAUAGCAGCGUUCAACCGGAUACGGAUCGCAGAAGGCGACGAGUGGAAGACGGCCUUCACAACGAGAUUCGGCCUUUACAAGACCUUAGUCACACCCUUCGGGCUCUGUAACGCGCCAUCAACCUUCCAGCAUUACAUCAACGACACACUGUACGAGUUCCUCAAUCGAUUUGCGUCAGCCUACCUCCACAACAUCCUCAUAUACUCGAAAAACCUCAAGGAGCACAGGAAACAAGUUCGUAAGGUGCUUGAGGCACUGAGGACAGCGAAUCUGCACAUCGAUAUUGGGAAGUGCGAGUUCCACACAACCAAGACCAAGUACCUCGGCCUCAUCAUAUCCACGGACGGCAUCGGCAUGGACCCAGAGAAGGUUGACGCGCUGCUUGAUUGGGAGAGUCCACGCAAUGUUAAGGACCUCCAGCACUUCCUGGGCUUCGCAAACUUCUAUCGACGGUUCAUCCGCGGCUUCUCGUCAAUUGCGAGACCUCUGACAGGCCGCCUCAAGACAUCAGAACGGUAG